AUGGAGAGACUUCCUACAAGGGUGGAAUUAUGUAAAUGUAAUAUUCCUGUUCCCGAUGUGGGUUGUCCAAUGUGUGAGUCUGGUGAUGAAUCUGCGGUUCACUUGUUUACGGCUUGUAGCUUCGCUACGUCUGUUUGGUUGAAAGUUAGUACGUGGUGUAAAGUCCCGUUUCUUGUAGCAUUCUCGUUCAAAGACGUGUUGAGUGCUCACCGGUUCUGUGGGUUGCAAGGAAAGUGUCUUUUGGCUUAUCAGGGCAUUGUGAUUAUUACUUGUUGGAUGAUUUGGAAGGCUAGGAAUGACGUGGUUUUUAAUGCUAAAAUUCCGAAGGUGUAUCGGGAGGUUCAACCGGAUGUACCGGACGGUUUAACCGGUUCUACCGGAUGA